AUGCGGAAAUCCAUGGAAAAAUCACGCCCAGUGCAGAAAACCGUUGUGCUCGAGCCGUUUAUCAAGCUCGUGAAGCUUAUAGCAAGGGCUUUCUAUGAUGAUUACACUACGAAAAGUGAUAAUCAGCAGAAAUCUGCAAAAAGUGACAACAGAGGGAUUGCCGUUGUGGUGCUGGAUGAGCUUGCGAGGCGGCAAUGGGUUAGAGAAGAAGAUUUAGCAAAAGCGUUGAAAUUGCACGGCAAGCAACUUCGAAAAAUCAUAAGACACUUUGAAGAACAAGGAUUGAUCGUGCGUGACCACAGGAAAGAGACUGCAAAGAAUGCAAAGAUGUAUAGUGCUGCAGUGGCUGCUACAACUGAUAGCCGAGCAGAGGACAAAGUUAAGCUCCACACCCACUCGUAUUGUCGUCUUGACUAUUCACAGACAACUCUAAGCUUGUUGAUAUAUGAUCUUGUUCGUUAUAAACUGCACUUGAUGAAAAAAAAGCUCAGAGAUAAUCUAGAAGAUAAGAAUACGGUUCAGGAGUAUGCCUGUCCCAACUGCCAAAGAAAAUACAAUGCACUGGAUGCUCUGAGAUUGAUUUCUAUGGAAGACGAUUGUUUCCAUUGUGAAAAUUGCAAUAGUGAGCUUAUUGUGGAAUGUAACAAGCUAACUCCCGAAGAAGUAAUAGAUGGAGAUGAUAAUGGAAGGAGACGGCAGCAGGAAAAACUGAAAGAUAUGCUUCAGAAGAUGGAGGUUCAAAUGAAACCUCUGAUGGAUCAAAUAAACAGAGUAAAAGACCUACCAAUUCCUGACUUUGGAUCUCUUCUGGCAUGGGAGGCUCGUGCAGCUUUGGCCGCUCGUGAAAAUGGUGAUUUUAACCCUAAUGAUCCUUCGAGGUCACAGGGUGGGUAUGGUUCAACACCAAUGCCAUUUCUCGGGGAGACACAGGUUGAGGUUAACCUUGGUGAAGGAAAAGAAGACGUCAAAUCUAACGGUGGAGAUUCUAGUCUGAAAGUCUUGCCUCCAUGGAUGAUCAAGGAAGGGAUGAAGUUGACUGAGGAGCAAAGAGGAGAGAUGAGACAGGAAGCAAAUGAUGGUGGCUCAGGAGAAGCAUCAAAAAUGUCAGAUGACAAGAAAUCAGUCAUGGAAAAUGGCGAUGACAAAGAUUUGAAGGCAUGCUUAUUGCUUUUGGGGACAUUUGUGCCUGACGAGUAUCUUAAAGCUUAUUACGCUGCUCUACUGAAGCAGAAGCAGCAAGAGCUAGCUGAAGCGGCGAAUCAACAAGAAUCCGCAGGCGAAUUAGCCUCUGACAUACAAUCGGCUUCGACAACCUCAGUUCGUCGGGUUGGUAUGAAGGCCAAGCUGGAGGAGGAAGAUGAAGAAGAUGUUGAGUGGGAAGAAGAGGCUCCUGUUCCAGCAAAUGGAAACUACAAGGUGGACUUGAAUGUGGAAGCAGAGGCUUCAGGUGGUGAAGAAGAAGAAGAAGAUAUCGAUUGGGAAGAAGGCUGA